AUGGCGCUCCGGUCGAUAUGGACCAAGGUCAAACAUGAACGGGGUCGCAUCGGUAGAUUCGGCUUCUACCUCUUCACAUUCGCGACAUGGAUUCCCGUGGCCACCUCGUUCAAUGACUACGUCGCCGAGCUGACGUGGAUCAACGGCCCCUCCAUGUACCCGUUCCUGAACGCCGAGAAGGACCAGACGACUCGCAAGGACGUUGUGCUCACCGUGAAGCACAAUGCGCAGUACGGGCUGAAGCACGGCAUGAUCGUCACUUUCUGGAACCCGUCCGAUCCCGAGGUCAUCACGGUCAAGCGAGUCGUCGGAGUUGCAGGCGAUAUCAUCAGGACGAGAAACCCGUACCCCGUGCCCACCGCCAGGGUACCGCCCGGGCACGUCUGGGUCGAGGGCGACGGGGGCGAGCGUGACAGCAGGGACAGCAACACGUAUGGACCGAUAGCCACGGGCCUGAUCAUUGGGAAGGUCACGCAUGUCAUAUGGCCGUUACAUAGAUUUGGCAAGGUGAUGUCCCUCGACCCCCGGGUUGCCGACUUAUCAACUUCUACACCACCAUAUAAAACGUCCGACCGACCCGUCACUUCAACGGCUUUUCUCGAAUACGAUGGACUUUCCGAGCAUACAACCUCCGUUUCGGAUAUCAGUUGCACAGGCCAGUCCCAUCGACCGAAGAUGACCCAAGACGAUGGCGAGUCCGAAGGGCGUCCCCCCUAUGUCCACUCGAUGAUCGCCGGUGGGAUUGGUGGGACCACUGGAGAUAUGUUGAUGCACUCCCUCGAUACCGUCAAGACCCGACAACAAGGAGACCCUCACUUCCCGCCCAAGUACACGUCGCUGGGCUCAUCCUACUACAAGAUAUGGCGGCAGGAAGGCAUUCGACGCGGACUGUACGGAGGAUGGCUCCCGGCUAUGAUGGGCUCGUUUCCAGGCACCGUGAUGUUCUUCGGUACAUAUGAAUGGAGCAAGCGGCAUAUGCUGGAUUACGGGAUACAGUCUCAUGUUUCCUAUUUGACAGCCGGCUUCCUUGGUGACUUGGCUGCGUCCAUUGUCUAUGUCCCUUCGGAGGUUCUCAAAACGCGUCUACAACUCCAGGGCCGUCACAACAACCCCUUCUUUAAAUCUGGUUACAACUAUCGUGGAACGAUCGAUGCCGCGAGAACUAUCGUACGGACCGAGGGCCUCUCUGAGCUAUUUUCCGGAUAUAGGGCGACGAUCUAUCGAGAUCUCCCAUUUUCGGCCCUGCAGUUCAUGUUUUACGAGCAAUUCCAAAGUUGGGCACGAGACUGGAAGGAAAGCCGCGAGAUCGGUGUGCCGUUGGAGCUGGCCACAGGAGCUGCAGGUGGAGGCUUGGCUGGUGUCAUGACCUGUCCUCUGGAUGUGGUCAAGACUAGGCUUCAAACUCAGAUCGACCCAGUCCCAGUGGUCAACAAGCCAACAGACCGCGCGACGACAGAAGGCAUCAGCGGCUGGUUCAGGGGAGUUGGUCCGCGUUUUGUAUGGACUAGUGUUCAGAGUGGCUGUAUGUUGUUUCUGUACCAGACCAUUUUGCGGCGAUUGGAAACACUUAUGCCUUUGGAGAGACCUGAUAUGUCUGCGUGA